AUGAAGAUCGCAAUCACAGGGGCAAGGGGUACCGUCGGUCGUGAGGUCGUGAAGCUGUGCGCAAACGAGGGCCACUCGACGGUGCAAAUCAACCGCACAGAACAGGAGCACGAUGGAACGCAAAACACAGAGAUGCGCACCGCCGACGCGGCAUCUGACUACGACGCCACCGUCAAGGCCUUCAAGGGCUGCGACGCUGUGAUCCACCUCGCAGCACUGCCCAACCCAGUGGGCAAGCCGGACUGGCAGGUGCACUCCAAUAACGUCAACAGCGCCUUCAACGGGCUGCGUGCCGCCGCCGAGCUGGGCAUCAAGAGGUUCUGCUACGCGUCGUCGGUGAAUGCCAUCGGGCUGGCUUACAGUGAGCGGCCGCUACGGUUGCCUUACUUCCCCAUCGACGAGGAGUACCCGUGUAGCCCGAGCGAUUCAUACGCCCUGGCCAAGCUGGAGGCCGAGACGGCAUGCAAAGCCUUCCCCAAUUGGUUCCCUGGCAUGAAAGUCGCCUGCCUGCGCAUCCACGAGGUGGAGAAUAAGGCCAACGUACUGCAGGAGCACAAGGAGAACUGGCAGGAUGCUGCCGUCAAGCAGCUCUGGGGCUGGGUCAACCCCGUCGCCACGGCCCGGGCCUGCCUGGUAAGCGUGACGAGUGCCGACAAAUAUGAUGGCUGCGAGAUCUUCAACAUCAUUGCGCCGGAUACAACGCUGGAUACACCAUCGGCAGAGCUGGCGAAGACAUACUACCCGGAUACAAAGCUCAGAGGCGACUGGAACAAGAACAGGGCGUUCUGGACGGCGGAGAAAGCCGAAAGGAUAUUGGGCUGGACGCAUCAUGAGAAAGAGUAG